CGGCUAUAAAACAGAUGCUGCGCAUCCUCCAAAACAUUUCACCGCAUUUAAAAAACAAGCAGGCGCGCCACCGUGUGAGCGCGGUGCAUCCAUCUGAUCCAUGUGAAUGUGCGCAAUGGGGGCUGAUCUGUCUUCCUGCUCUUGGGUUUUUACGCAGCGGCGCCGCGAGUCUCUCUCAGAGUGAUGGUCUCCCAUCAUCUCCUCCCUUCCUAAAAACAGCUGGCUCGCGAAAAGCUCCAGGACUCCGGUCCUUAUCUCGGCCUGAGUAAGAUUCUGUCUCACAUGUUUCAAAGUCUUACUUCAGCUGACUUUGCGAGAUCGGCUUUCAGAGGGGAAACACUUGGUGUUGAGCGCUGCAACACUGACCUCCACUGAAGUGAUGUUUGUUGUAAGAAAAAGGGGAGAUUUGUUUAGAGUGUGGCCGUCUUGACAGUUAUUAUUUGGGAAAUGUACAGUGCAUGUACCAUUUUGGACAUUUUUUGAAAGUUAAAAUGUGCAAUUUGAAGGAAAUUUAGCGUUUAUUUCGUGUCACAAACGGGAAAUCAAUGUGCGGAGGGAGGGGCAGCGCCUGAGGUUUUUUUUUAUGAGAACACAUGGGCCAUUAUUGGGAGCGAGAGCGCACCGUGCUGCAGGAGGCAGAGCUACGGCUGGACGCUGCUCAGCGCCUCACAAGCCGGAGAAGGCAUGGCACGCAUACUCCAACAUGCAGCAGACAUGUUCUCUCAACAUGCGUUGUCCUCCGACGAAGCGGACAGUCAAAGCUGCACACUGCACCCUAACCGGGGGUCUACUGGUGCGCGCCUGUCUCGUCAGAUUUGGUAAACCUGCAUCGGAGCCGUGCGUUAUUGAUGGACUCCCGUGUUGCUAGAGGAGCUGGACGGUGAAUUUAUCCCAAUAUUCACCCAGCAUGGAGUCGCAGAACGCCAGCGGGAUGGACGCGUUCACGGUGGUCCAGCUGAAUUCCUCCUGGAGCCCGGACAGCGGCUAUUCUCUGGCCGCGAUAGCCGGCAUCGCCGCUCUCGUAAGUUUCCUGAUUCUUUUCACAGUAGUUGGGAAUAUUUUGGUGGUCAUCGCCGUGUUAACGAGCAGGGCGCUGAAAGCCCCCCAGAACCUGUUCCUGGUGUCCCUGGCCACCGCGGACAUCCUGGUCGCCACUCUGGUGAUGCCCUUCUCUCUGGCCAAUGAACUCAUGGGUUACUGGUAUUUCGGGAAAGUCUGGUGCGGCAUCUAUCUGGCUUUGGACGUGCUGUUCUGCACCUCCUCCAUCGUGCACCUGUGCGCAAUCAGCCUGGACCGGUACUGGUCCGUUACGCAGGCUGUUGAGUACAACCUGAAGCGGACUCCGAAGCGCAUCAAGUGCAUCAUCCUGAUCGUGUGGCUGAUCUCUGCCUUCAUCUCUUCCCCUCCGCUCAUGUCUAUCGACAGCAACAAGGAGGUCGGCUCUCAGCCUCAGUGUGAGCUGAAUGAUGACACUUGGUACAUCCUCUCCUCCAGCACUGCCUCCUUCUUUGCGCCCUGCUUGAUAAUGAUCCUGGUGUACAUCAGAAUAUACCAGGUGGCCAAAACCAGGACUAGGAGUGUGUCGGGGAAGAACCCCAGACCGGAUGGCGUCACACAAACUGAGAAUGGACUGAGCAAGCCGUCUUCGCCUUUCCAUGGGGAGGGGGAGAACGGUCACUGCCAGUGCCCUCCCACACCUAGCCAACGCACAGUCACCAUGGGUCCGCAGACUGAGGAGGCCGACAUGGAGGAGAGCUCCUCCUCUGAGGGCAAAGGUCACAAACCGCAGCAGCGGGACUCCCAGAGAGCCCCUGUGAGUGGCCAGAAGAAAAGCUCUCUCCCAAUUCACAUCUCCGGGGUUAGCAACAAAUCCGUGGACCUCUUCGUCUCCAGGAGGAAGUGUCGCCGGAGCUCGUUCGCCAGGAAAAAGGUCUCCCAGGCGCGAGAGAAGAGGUUUACGUUCGUCCUGGCUGUGGUCAUGGGGGUGUUUGUGGUGUGCUGGUUCCCCUUUUUCUUCAGCUACAGCCUGUACGGGAUUUGUGGAGACUCGUGUAAGAUCCCCCUCCCGCUUUUCAAGUUCUUCUUCUGGAUCGGUUACUGCAACAGCUCCCUCAACCCAGCCAUUUACACCAUCUUCAACCGGGACUUCAGGCGUGCCUUUCAGAAAAUCCUCUGCAAGUCGUGGAAGAAGUCCUUCUAGGCCUGAAAGGAAAACUUGAUGGAUUGUGUUUUGCUCUUUGUUAAAUCUCAUUGUCCAGUAUUGUGUCUUGCAUACCCUGAACCAGCUGCAGGAGCGACAUGCUGUAUAUUUUAUCACUAUGCCUCUUACAGAACUUCCUGAUCUGAUUAUUGAGUGGAGCCGUCCUUUAUGUCUGAGCUGUAAUGCUGUAAAGGGGUAUUUUUAAAAACCUCUAUAUCCACAAAAGAUAACAUUAUGUGGAGGCUGAAAGGUAAAAUAAGUAGAUACAAGCCACAAGCCAUUUUCAGUUUGUGCUUUUGUUUCGGAGUUCCCCAUUUUGCCUGCUGUUAUUAAAUCCUUCCAACAGUUUUACUCAAAGCUUUAAUGCACGAAGGAAGCACAAAGUGAGUAUCUUCAUUAAGAUAGUGACACUUUAAAGAACAGCUUGACAUUUUGGGAAGUGUAGUUUAUAACUUAGUGUCUGAUAAAUGAGGCAUAACCAGUGGUCAAGCAUGUUGCAAGAAAAAUAAAAGCAACAGGUUGUUUUGUUUUAGCUUUUAUGUUUGGAAAUGGACCUCAGACUUAACCAGAUUCCCAUAUGUUGUACAAUUUCGUCAAUCUGAGGAAAAUUUUGUCAGUUUUUCAUUACAGAGGUGUUGGAUUUUGUUGUUAAGUAACAAGUGGGGUCAGUCCCUAAUGUUAAGCUUCACUUUUUGAACAGUAAAUGAUGUGUAAUGAGCUAAGAAAUGCUGGUUGGAAGAGCCCUAACCCUUUUUUCUAAUAUAUGACAAAGCUAAAAAUAAAUAAAUCUAAAACCUUCUCAAGACAGCAGAUGACAAUAUCUCUAUAAAUGGAAAAGGUUUAAAGGACUAAUCUCACAUUUUUGACGGGAGGUUCUCUGAAGACGUUAUUAGCAGACAAUAUCUUACCUGCAUUGAACAAUUCUCCUUCAGCCUUCAGUUAUUUUAAAUCUAGAUAAUCAGGCUGAAGCAGCUGAGAGUUUUAAAACGACCACAAUCUCAAAAUUGUCACAGCGACCUAUGAGUGCUGCAGCGCAGUUACUUACAGCAGAGCAAAUAAUUACUUACAUGUAAAAUGAGAUAUAAAAGUAAAGAUUUGUAAAUAUUUCUAAUUUUUACACUGCUGCACUUUAAAGUCACACAGUUGCACUUUAUUCUUUUCACAGUGUAUUUUGUUCAAAGAGAUCAUUGGCGGCUCCAACCUUAUAUGUAGAUAUUCGUCGUCGUGAGCAUAAAUAAAAUCCAAUGAAAGCAUGACGGCUCAAGGGUCAACAAAAUGCAGCUUGUGAGAAUUUAUUUAAUGUUUCUGAGAUUGAUGUUAAUUAAAGAUGGCAAAACUUUGGUCUAGGACAGCCAUCUUUAACUCCAGGCCUCAUUUUGUCCAGGUGUGGGAGCAAAGACACGUCUAAACGUUGCAGGACUUUGGCUUUAACUAGCUUCACUUUAGCUUCCAGGACUAAUUAUUCUGUAUUUAUGCCAAAUAAAGACAACAGGAGAGACAUCUACUUGAAGGUAGUCGAUAGAUAACUUUUCAACAGAACCUGCUUUCAAAAUCCUCAUACUUUCAAACCUUAGUAAUAUUAAAGUUCAGUUUUAAUUCUGAAACUGAAUUCAUGCUUACAUUGACCUGAUUGGCAGUUCUGAAGAUGUCAACUUAUAUACACAUCUUCAGCUCUUUCUUGUUGACUCUUUCUUAAAAAUGACACUUGGUUGUCAUUUUGGAAGCGUAACCAAGCCCUGAUUGUUCCUCUUUAUUAAAAUAAUUCAAAUUAAAUGAUGAAACCUAAGUUUGCACACUUGAAAAACUGCUGGGCCAUUUCGCUAAUCCAGUUCUUGUGUGAGACGCCACACUGGGCUGGCAUUUUAACCACCAAAAAUUGGAUAAUGGGACUAGUGUGUAAGGUUUUUUUUGAGUGUGCAUAGAAACCAUAACCUUAAAUUUGAAAGGUAUUCCUUUUGCCAUCCAGUUUCCUCGCUUUGGCUUGCUGGUGCCAACGUCAAACUGUUGAAUUUUUCAUGAUUCCUGCUGUAAACAUAAUUUAAAACUGUAAUGGUCAGGCUGGGGGGCCUUGAGUGUUGUCACGGCGAUACAUAACUCUGACCGAUGAUGACAUGAACAUAAUACGUUAGUCUCUGACACUGAAAUCUGCUCUGUGUUUAGCUUUGAGAGGCACUGACAUUAUGUUCACUUGGAUAUAAGAAAAUGUUCUUAUGACCCGCAAUCAAGGUCAUAACUUUCACAGUGACCCUAAACUGCUAAGAAACAUACAUUUACUUUGAAAGUAUUUUAUUUAAGAAGAAAAAAAACUACCUCUGUUAUUUUCUGCUGCUUCUGGAUUUGACAAAAUGCAUAUCCUUAUUCUGCUUCAUCUGUUUGCUGUUGUGCAAAAAUAAAAGAUAGAUAACCCAUAAUGUCACCUGGUGUGAUACUGAAACAUGCACAGUAAUGGUGAAUAAAUUG